GCCUGCAGGCCAUCCAGACACCCCAUAUCCAGACAAACAAUUUCUUCUUUCAGCAAAACAAACUAAACCACAGGAUCUAAAGACAGUUUCUUGGAACUCAUCAGUGUACCCGUGCAGAAACAGACUCCUCCCAAAUGAGGAGGGACAAGGAGGAGUCAGGUAGUACAUAAACACCACAUUCAUUGAGAAUACCUGCAUUUCUCUUUAUUGAGACUUGACUGAAGUUCGAGUUUACUUCAAGUUAACAGCAGAAGGAUAACCUCAAUUGCUUUUAGAUUUCACCACUAUUUUUAUUUCAGACGUUUUCCACGUGAAAACAAUGGCAGAUAGAAAGUUUCAGCAGGAGUUCUUGGAGACCCACAAUGCCUACAGAGCGCUGCACGGUGCACCACCACUGACUUAUAACAGCAAGAUGUGCGGUGAAGCCCAGAAAUGGGCUGAUGAGUGUUUGAGAAUUCACACUCUGGGUCAUAGUGAAACUAAAGAUGGAGAGAAUGUCUUCUUUAAGUCAGGCAGUCCAUCCGUCAGCAUAACAGGAAAGGAUGCUGUGGAUGCAUGGUACAGUGAGAUUAAGGACUACAACUUUAAGAAACCAGGAUUUAAAUCUGGAACUGGACAUUUUACUCAGGUGGUUUGGAAAGAGUCCAAGGAACUGGGUCUGGGAAUGGCCACGGAUGGUAGAAUGGCCUUUGUGGUUGGUCAGUACCGCCCCCCUGGCAACUUCAGCAACCCUGGGCAGUUUGAAGCAAAUGUCCUACCAAAAGAGUAAAAGUUUUGAGUUUUAAAACUCUUGAAGGCAGCAGCACCAAAGACAGCUCCAGGAAAAUAACAAGUGUUGUUUAAAUGUACCCUUUCACACUCUCCUACUGAUCUGAACAUCCUUCUGUUAUAGAAACAAUCUUAAUAUGAAUACAGUGUAAAUCUUUAAUAAACAUCACAAUUUUCAGGAA